UCGAGAUGGAGAGCCGCUGAGUAAUUGAAGUUGUGCCAUAAAUGAGUAUAUUUGAUUUGUUUCGAGGGUUUUUCGGGGUCCCCGGAGGCCAUUACAGCCGGAGGGACCCCUUCUUUGAUGGUAUGACACACGAUGAUGAUGAUGACGACGAAGAUGAAGAGGACGAUGGCGUCUAUUUCGACAGCUUCAGAAGGUCCGACAGGGACCCGUUUGACGACUCUGUCAGGUUCGGCUUCAGCUUUGGGCCAAACGGGAUGCGUUUCCAGGAGCCACGGAUGUUUGGACAGAUCUUUCAAGAAAUGGAGGAGAUUUUCGACAGACUAGGCCAGUUUGAUGAGAUGCAUAGAUCUGGUCGAAUAGGAGAGCGUUCCAUUGAAGCCCCGCCUCCACAGGAAGGCGCAGAGAGAGGAAGAAGUGGAAACACACUCAGAGACUUCAUGUUGAAAACCCCUGACAGUUCUUCUCCUGGUCGCUCUCCGUCUGCCCCUGUGGCUCCCAGAGAAGACACCACACCCCCAGAAAAACCACUGCCCCCCCAUAUACCCAAAUACCCCUUCUCAAAGUUUCAUGACUUUUGGAGAGACGGGCCUCUGAGAGAGGGAAAGGAGGAGAAGAAAGAGGAUGGAGAUCUGGACUCUCAGGUGUCGUCUGGAGGACUGGACCAGAUCCUGACUCCUGCUCCCUCCCAGCCCAAGUCCAGAUCGUUCUUUCAGUCCGUCACUGUCACUAAAGUGGUUAAACCGGAUGGAACAGUGGAGGAGACCCGCACAGUCAGAGAUAGUGAAGGAAACGUGGAAUCCACGGUAACGCGCUCAACAGGCCCAGAGGGAGGGCAAGACUCGCCAGGCCCGGUCAUACCAGGUGGUUCUAGGCCCUUCAUGGACGUGUGGGAGAGGUUUUUCGGAGGCUUUAGAAGUUAAACGCGGGGCCAUAAGGGUGCGAGGGACGAACGGAAAAGAACGAGCCAUUUGAAUAUUCAAACGUGAACAACCGACGCAGCCAACUCGCAGCGGGCGGAGUCGACGUUCGCUUCAGACCUAGAACUUCCACCGGUGAACCAUGAGCGCUGAGAACAAACGCCGACCGAAGCAUAUUUAUAAUAUUUAAACUAUAUUUACGGUGAAUGGCUUUCUCUGGAGGGCCUCUGGUAGAUGAGCGACACCUUGGUUAUUUCUCAUACUGGCUUUACGAUAGGCUUUACAGAGUAAUCCACUGGCCUGCAGCCCUUACUGAAAACACGGUGACUUUUUGCAGCAGAUUAUCUCCAGCAGGCUUAAAGCACGAUGAUCUCAGUGGAGGAAUUUAGUCAUUUGGGUUUUGUACAUGUCCCUCUGGGAGCAGUGGAAGUGAUACAGAGUGUUUGUAAUAAGCUUUCUUCAGGGUGUCUGAAUCAAAU